UGCUUCGUAUCAUUUUAACUGCCGCCUGUACUCCGGUAUAUCGCAAUCAUUUGCCCAUUUGCUUCUGGUGUGAUACUUAUCUCUGCAUUGCACUCUCCGCGUUCUGGGUCGCGGGUUGUUUCUGGCAUCGUUAGGUAACCUGGACGACGCUCCAGACCGCCAGUACCUCUGCCUUCUGUUACCUGCGUUUCACAGCUUGCUGGCAAGCUCUCGAAUGACAGGCACCGGCCACAACUAAUCGACGCCCUGCACGUGCGAAGUCACCAAAAGAUCUUCCUCAUGCGGCUCCAUGGCCUUGCCCCGGCCGUCCUACUCGUCGGCUACGCCCUGUUGGCGGCAGCUUAUGACAAUGAUACCUCGCCAGCCCUGAUACAAGAACCGUUUUACCAGCUGGCAGAUGGCUGCCCGCCAUGUCCACGCUGUUUCGAUUGCCACUACGAUGAGUUCAAAUGUAUGCAGUAUGCGAACUGCAGCAACACCAAUGGCAAAUGUGUCUGUCCGCCAGGGUUUGGAGGAGACGAUUGCGCAGAGCCAUUGUGUGGAUCACUGGCGGACGGCAAGAACAGAUCACCGCGCAAAGGGGAUACGUGCGACUGCAAAGAGGGAUGGGAGGGCGUCAAUUGCAACGUCUGCACUUCCGAUAAUGCUUGCAACGCCCUAAUGCCUUUGGGCCAAGGUGGCACAUGCUACAAGCAGGGAAUUGUUGUGCAUGAAAACUUUCAGAUGUGUAAUGUCACCAAUAAAGCCAUCCUGGAUCAGAUCGAACCCAGGAUACCGCAAGUCACCUUCUCAUGUAAUGCGGAUCAAGCAACCUGUAACUUCCAGUUCUGGGUCGAUCAGAAAGAGUCUUUCUACUGCGCUCUGGACAACUGCACCUCGGAAGCGCACGACACCAACGUCCGCAACAGCACCAAAUAUACAUGUGAGACCGUCAAAUGCUCAUGUAUUGCGGAUCGAUUCCUAUGUGGAGAGGAUGGCUCAGUCAACAUUGACGAGUUUCUUGAACAGGAGAUCAAAGGGCCAGCGUCUUUUUACACGCAGCGCACAUACGGCGGAAGCUCGAAGGACGGGAGCAGGUUUGAGGAACCCGCUAUGAACAACCUGAUAUCCAUGAUCUUCGGCGACGAGUAUAUCUCUCUCAACUGUCGAGGUGGAGAGUGUCUGUACGAAACAGAUGUGCCGGGAUACUCGCGACCGGUCAAGGAAAUCAACACGCCGCUCAUUGCUGGAGUCAUUGCCGGCUGUGCUCUUUUUGUUGUCGCGGUGAUCCUGAUAUCAUGGUAUCUAUCGCAUAGAGCGGCAUAUCGGCGAUGGGGCGCCAUCCGUUUAGGUGAUGGAUCAGACGAAGAUGCGGCAAGGGCAAUGAUCAACCAUACUCCCAUGCCAUUGCAAUUUGAGAAUCUGUCUUACAAUCUCAAGGGCAAAGAAAUCAUUUCCGGCAUAUCAGGAAUUGCUCACCCUGGGCAAGUAACAGCAAUCAUGGGCGCUUCUGGGGCAGGCAAGUCCACAUUCUUGGACAUUCUGGCACGCAAAAACAAGCGAGGAAUUGUCCUGGGCAACAUGUACGUCAACGGUGAGAAAAUUCUCGACACUGAAUAUCGCAAUGUUAUUGGCUACGUCGACCAAGAAGAUUCUUUACUGCCGACACUGACAGUACACGAGACGAUUCAGACCAGCGCGCUGUUGAGGUUGCCAGCCGAUAUGGGUUUAGCUGUGAAAGAGCAGCGAGUUAUUGAGGUGAUGCAACAGCUCGGCAUCUACCACAUCAAGGACCAGUUGAUCGGUUCAGAAGAGGGCAACGGGCGAGGGAUUUCAGGCGGUGAGAAACGACGAGUUGGCAUAGCUUGUGAGCUUGUCACCAGCCCCAGUAUUCUGUUCCUGGACGAACCCACGAGUGGUCUAGAUGCUUUCAACGCGUUCAAUGUGGUGGAGUGUCUGGUGACUCUGGCCAAGACAUACAAUAGGACUGUCAUCUUCACGAUUCAUCAGCCUCGGUCGAACAUUGUUGCCCUGUUUGACCAGCUCAUUCUCCUUGCAAAGGGCAGAACCGUCUACUCAGGGCCAUUUUCGAGUUGUCAGGCGUAUUUCGAUCACAUCGGCUAUACUUGCCCACCAGGCUUCAACAUUGCGGAUUAUCUUGUGGAUCUGACCAUGCAUGCAAGUCUUCCACGCUCCCCGAUAUUCGAGGACGCUCCCAAGGAUUUCCCUGAACGGGACGGCGAUAGCAGCACCAGAGCUGUGAAGUCAAUAGCCAGCGUUUCGAACGUCAGUAUGGACAGCCCGCACGAAGCUCCUACACGCAUCAAGCCGAAAAGGCGCGUUUCCUUGAAGCAGAAACAAGAUCGCCAAUUGUUCACGCGCAAGAACACGGGCCAGGAUACGCCGCCUACGCCGAAAACCGACGAUGAGGAUACCAUUGUUAGCAAAGCAACGGGCAGCAUGCGAAGCUGGUUGCCACUGUCAAGGCGUGAUGGAUCCAACCCACCACAAGUUUUGGACGAUUUGGACGAUUUACCGCCGGAUGCUAAUACCGACCUCGACAUACUUGUAUCGAACUUCAAGGACUCUGACAUAGCGGAGACCACUCACGACGAGAUUUUCACCUCGAUCCAGGCAGCCUCUUCGGCCAAUGGCCACACUGCAGAAAAUGGCGAGAACGAAGCUGUCAUGGGAUCUAUCAAGGGCUUCCGUCGCGUCAGCCUGCCUCGACAAUUCCUCAUCUUGUCAAGACGCACGUGGCGAAAUCUUUACCGCAAUCCUAUUUUGAUGUUGACCCAUUAUGCUGUUGCCAUUCUUCUGGCGGUGCUUUCUGGUUGGCUGUUCUAUGGCAUCACAGACGACAUUGGGGGAUUCCAGAACCGACUGGGUCUAUUCUUCUUCCUUCUUGCCCUCUUCGGCUUUAGCACACUUACCAGCCUGAACGUGUUCAGCUCCGAACGGUUGAUCUUCGUUCGAGAAAGAGCGAACGGGUACUAUUCACCCAUCACGUAUUUCCUUUCGAAAGUCAUUUUCGACAUUGUCCCUCUAAGGCUGAUACCUCCUAUCAUCAUGGGCAUCAUCAUCUACCCAAUGUCGGGUCUAUUGCCUAAAUGGGGCACCUUCUUCACAUUCAUCCUGAUUUUGGUCCUCUUCAACCUGGCUGCCGCUGCGAUUUGUUUGACCAUUGGAAUCAUCUUCAAGGAUGGAGCGGUGGCCAAUCUCAUUGGUAGCUUGGUCAUGCUUUUCAGUCUGCUGUUCGCCGGUCUAUUGCUCAAUCUCAACCAUGACUCUACUCAGACGGCGAUACAAUGGUUACAGAGGUUGUCCAUAUUCCAUUACGGCUACGAAGCAUUGAUUGUCAACGAGGUUGCCAAGUUACGAUUGAAGGACCACCGAUAUGGGCUUGACAUUGAAGUGCCUGGAGCAAGCAUUCUCAGUGCAUUUGGCUUCGACAACUUGGCUUUGUGGGGCGAUGUUAUUGGGCUUGGAGUGUUUGCUGGAGCGUUUAUCAUUAUCGCAUACGGGGCCAUGCACGUAUUGCUUGUUGAAAAGAGGUAAGAACAAUCGCUCAAGAGGGAGGUGUAUGCAUGGUUCGUUCACGCAUUGCAUUAUAUGGAGUACAUAGACGAUUACGCCUUAGGUCAAGAGGCACGAACUAAUACUAAUGAUGCUUUGCACCUACGC